UCUCUAACGUAGGCUCAGUCAGCCAGUUGUUAGUGACGAGUAUAGACAUCCUGUGCAAAAUAUCCAUGAAUUAUUAAUCCAUUUAUCCGUUUAAUAUAAGCAGCAUACAUAACGACACGAUGGAGUAUGUUGCAUAAAGUGACUAUAUUUGCAACUAAAGCAACAUGAAAGUGUUACUGGAGUUAGCCAUUGUUUUUGUACACACGUCAACAUGGACUCAGGCGACCAAUAUUCACCCAAUCAACGCUGAGAUACGGGACACACCGGCCUUGCCUGUUCCUUCGCUCAGAUCACAGUUACGAUGGGCAGCAACGCCUCCCAAAGGUCAUAUUUUCUUAGCGUCGGAUACAGAGAUCUGUCCGAACUCUUUAGCGAACAUCGAUCCGAAGUUUGAGGAAAAGGAAUUAAACAAGACCGUGAAGGCCAUUUUCGAAGGCUCUCCUCCGGAGGACACCAUAUCCAUCAUCACCGUCGUGGGGCGAAUUGUCGCUAACGCUUUCGUUCAGGGGGUGCCGCUGGCAUUAAGCAACAAGGACAUCAGACGGGCAGCCAUAGGCGUGAUAUCAGCUGUGGUGGUCCACCAGUCCUCAGGUAAAAUCCUACGCCAUUACAGACACCCUUCCUACAGUCCUUCCGGACUCCUAAAGGCUUUUAUCCAGUCCUUGCAACCUGGAAGGAUUCUAGUCAUCGCCGGACCGGCCCGCUACCUCGACGAGGACCUCAAAAAGUACUUGACUGACCUCGGAGUCGACAUACCUGAGGCAGGUUUCCACCCCAAAGAGGUGAGACAGACCAGUACCAGGAGAGCUCCUGUCAUGAUGAUCACGUGGGUUGGGGCUGUGGGCGGAAGUACCUUCGGCUCCACCAGUCGAAUUAUGGAACCGGAAGCGAAGCAGGGUCUCUUCCAGGAGUUCUACGUCCCCAAGAUUGAGGAUGUUAGCUGGUGUGGAACUGAGGGCCUAGCGGUUCCACGCUGGUCCACGAAGAGCGAAUGGAAUGCCAGGAGGGAACUUUGUCAGAAAUACGACGGAUAUGGCAGCUUCUGUUCCUGUCCUCCUGUUCCGCCGGAACCUGUCCCAAGAAUCAACGAGAGAAUUCCUCUGGCAUCUGAAUUUCUUGUGGUGGUGAUGGCCAGUAGGCCUACUGCUCUACACAGGCUGUUGGUGAGCUUGGCAGAAGCUGGCACAAACCGGAGCAACAUCCUGGUGUUCACCAGCGAGGUCUCCGAGCCGGAGCUAGGUCUAGUAUGCCAGGCCCACGGAGUCUUCCACGAGUGGACUGGGAGGGCGUCGGACUGCAACGGACUCCACAGGGCACGCCUUUACGAGUCCGGCCUUAGGGCGGCCCACAUCCUGCGUCCACAGGCCCAGUUCUUCCUCGUACUCGAAGACGACAUGCUGGUGGAGCCUGACGUCUUCGGAUGGCUGACGAAAGCGCGCCAAAAUCUCGAAGGCGACGAUCGGUUCAUAUGCAUCAACACGAUCUCCCUGAACGACGAUGCAGGGAACAAUAACAGCAGUAACAGCGGCAGUAACAGUAACGACGCAAAUAACAGCAAAGGGGAUAGUAGCAGUAGCAGCAGCAUCAGUGUCGAUAAAGGCGAGAAAUUCAUGCCCGGAUGGGCUGCGUCUAGGAGAGUUCUGGAGGCCAUGUUGCGUUUCUGGCCUUUGGCGAAGCGCGACCUCCAGUGGACAUCCCUGCUGGACUACUGGGCAGGGGACACCCCUUGCUUGCCUCCUCCGAGGUCCUACGUCAGACAUGCAGCGGCGGGGAUCCUCACGCUGGGGGCCGACCUCUCUCCAGUCUUCCCGGAGGAGGCCUCUCGGUCGGAGCACAUGCUCAGGCCCUUCGUGAUUCGGACUAUGAAGUAGUGAUAGUGACGAUGGCGCCGAAGGAGGGGGAGUGAAUUAAGCCCUUAGGGUGAUAAGCUCAGCUCGCAUCCAAUUGUGAAGGGUUUAUUGAAGAAGAUAGACAGAUGGACUGAUAGAUAGAUAAAUAGAUAGUAGUAGUAGUAUUUUUUUAUCAGGGAUAAUAUAGUACUACAUAUGAAAGGUAAAUAAAAAAAAAAUGAUAAUAACAAACAUAAAAUUCUUCAAUAAAACCUCAUUAUAAAAACUGCAAUUCAGUUUUAAAAAAUGAAUAAAAUACUCUUUGAGUUACUCUUCA